UUAGUCCUUAGGCGUAUUUUUCAAUAUGAAUUGGGCAUACCUUAAAUGUUUAGAAGAUUCACCUGCCUCGGUUCGAUGACCGAAAAAAAAACGUAUUUAAUUAAAGUAUAAUAAGAAAACCAGAUAAAAUACAAUAUCAUAUUUAUAGUUCUUUUAAGAUGUCUGAAGAGCCGACAACUAGCCAAAAGCUCACCCAAUUUGUUUUCUCCCUUGAGGAGGAUGAUCUUGUGAUAGAAACCCGGCCACCCCCGACAAUUAAGGACCAAUUGACCGAGAUCUGCCAAAAAAUUCGUUUUUUGGAGACGGUGUUGGAGGCCAACACGAAGAAGCUGGCGAAGACGGCCGAGAUCAGCCAAAAAGUUCGGUCAUUGGAGACGGUAAUGGAGGCCAACACGAAGCAGCUGGCGGAGACCACAAACCAGGUUGCGAGGAUGAUGGCCUUGUUGGAGAUUUUCGUGAAGGGGAAGGCGAAGAAUGUGGCUGUGGAAGUGGCGUUCCCAGACACAUCGGAGGAAGACCUGGUGGCUUUAGAUCAGAACAUAAGCUCAGGGUCCCAAGAACGCUACAUGGAAGCAAUAACAAAAAUUUUAAAGAGCAACCAUUUGUCCAAGACAAUAAAGGGCGUUUUGUCAGAAACGCUCUUGUGCGCCUACAACAUAGACGGCCUAAACGGGAAAAAGUCUUUAAAAGCAUUUCCCAAAUUCUUUUCCGUUCUGAUUGGUAUGUAUAUUUGUUAUUUUGCUAUAAUCUAAUAAUAUUAUUAUUAAAUUACUUUUCGUUACAGAAAGCAUAAGCACAUUAGAAGGCCUUGGCCCACGCACUGGCAUGUGUAAAAAAUAGUGCUAACAAAAAAGAAAAAAAUUAGUA